UACUGGGUAUUACCUGCUUGAUUGACGGUGAAAAGUACCGUGAAACUCCUCCCUUCACUCGCAGGCAGUUGGGAUCGCUUCCUAUGCAAACGUGUCUCAGUAGAGUACAGCACAGUACAGACGGUUGCAGUAAAUACAGUGCUCCAGAGGCGGAGUUUGACCUCGCAGCUCUGAAAACAUCACUAAUCCAAUAUUUCAGGUGCGGAAGCCGACCAUUGCUCAAACUGCAACAGAAACACACACGACUCUUAAAACCGGUAUACUGCAAGUGAAUGGGAGGGCUAGUGACAAAAACUGGAAUUCUGAUUGAAGAAAGAGUCCGUAACCGUAAAGACGAUUACAGCUAAAUUGUUACACGUGCUAUUCUUAGUUAUUUGGUUUAAUUUAUAACGCGACAUCUAAUCAUUUUAACCACGCGCAACGACUGCUGGAAUUGGGACACUAGGCUCCGUCAAUUUCCACUCUGGUUUCACUGAAACUCCAGCCGUUCCCAGUUCAAGAACUAACACAAAAUACAUUCGGAAGAUCCUGCCGAUUUCCUACCUUGGAUUUACCUACUGCUGGAGAUAUUGGUCAUUCUUUAAAAAGAGGCUAUUGCAAGCAGCAGGUCAGGCCGGGCCGGGUCAUGCAUUGUCUGCCAUGUUCGCAUAAUGCUAAGUCCGCUCCAGGCUAACACUCAUAAGUUGAAAGGCUAUGAGAACUACUACAUGACUGAAAGACUGGCCAUUGGCAAGCCGUUGGACCUGAAGGAAGGCGUGCUGCAAAUCAGACCCCAUUGACAUACAAUGGCAAGCGCUGCCUGGAUAGAUCUUCGCUAUGGAUGAAGCUUGGAAAGGACGAUCAAUUCCAUUUGACUGCCCUAUAACAUCCUGGCAAUGUGGAGAGCCCCCAGAGGCACUGAAUCCCCAGUGCAGAAUGAUCCAGGCUGGAGAAUGCCUAACACCCCUACUUCAGGAGUUAAACAGCUACGCAUAAGAAAUAUCGGACUAGCGAUCGGUGACGAAAUAAUUUGGUCUGGAUUCCAGACUUCCUAGCUAGGGACUUUCUGAAACAUUUCUCCCGGUUUCUGUGACAUUUAAGACCUUUCCAAGUUGUGGACAAGGUAAAAAUCACCUUUCUCUCAAGCUGCGGAGAGGUGGGAGUAGUCGCCCAUGUGUAGCAGGACAGUAACUGCUGCUAGCGGAAUAACGUAGCCUCAGACUGUCUGGGGUUCCUCUCAACGGGACGAGGGAUCCCACCGCUACCACCAAGCCCCAGUCUGCCUCACCGAGUGACUCCACUCACGUCAAAAGGCAGACCCUCUAUCCAAUGGCAUGGGUCAAGUUCUUCAGGAAGCCGGGGGGCAAUCUCGCCAAGUCCUACCAGCCGGGGAGCAUGCUGUCUCUAGCCCCCACCAAAGGCCUGCUGAACGAGCCGGGGCAGAACAGCUGCUUUCUCAACAGUGCGGUGCAGGUACUGUGGCAUCUGGACAUCUUCAGACGCAGUCUGAGGCAGCUUCCUGGACACUUCUGUCUCGGAGACUCAUGUAUCUUCUGUGCGUUGAAGGGCAUCUUCUCCCAGUUCCAGCACAGUCGGGAGCGCGCCCUGCCCUCAGACAACCUGCGUCACGCCCUGGCCGAGACUUUUAAGGAUGAGCACCGCUUUCAGCUGGGCUUCAUGGACGAUGCUGCCGAGUGCUUCGAGAACAUUCUGGAGAGGAUCCACCUGCAUAUUGUGCCUGAGGAGACAGAUGCCUGCACCUCCAAGUCCUGCAUCACACACCAGAAGUUUGCCAUGACACUCUAUGAACAGUCUGUCUGCCGUAGCUGUGGGGCAUCCUCUGACCCCCUGCCCUUCACUGAGCUAGUGCAUUAUGUCUCCACCACUGCACUCUGUCAACAGGUGUAUCAGAGGCGGGAUGAGUCAUUUGGAGAGCUGCUGCAAGCGGCCAGUACCAUCGGGGAUUCCCGUAACUGUCCGAGUAAUUGUGGCCAGAGGAUCAAGAUCCGCCGCGUCCUCAUGAACUCUCCAGAGAUCGUCACCAUCGGUUUCGUGUGGGACUCGGACCAGUCAGACCUCACAGAGGACGUCAUUCGCUCGCUGGGGCCACACCUCAACCUUUCUGGGCUCUUCUACCGGGUGACAGACGAGCACGCAAAAAAGGGAGAGUUGCUCUUGGUGGGGAUGAUUUGUUACUCCAGCCGCCACUACUGUGCCUUUGCCUUCCACACCAAAUCCGCCAAAUGGGUCUUCUUCGACGACGCCACCGUCAAAGAGAUUGGGACCCGGUGGAAAGACGUGGCCACCAAAUGCAUCAAAGGCCACUUCCAGCCCCUCCUCCUAUUCUACUCCAACCCAGACGGCAGCGCCAUCUCCGUAGACGACGCCUCGCGCCAGAACUGCGAUCAUUCCCGCUACAAGACCCCCGUCAACGGAGACGUCCAAGCGCCUGAGUCUACAGUUCCAGGCCCCAAGAAGCUGGACCUGACCAGAGAGAACCUGAAUGCCCUGCUGGGCCUUGGCGGCUUGAAACAGAAGAGCCAGAGCCCAUCUAUCCAUAGUUCCACCUUUACCAGGGGCAGCGGCCAGACUAGCGGGGGCCGAGGACCAGUGACACUGGGCACCAGUGAUCCUAAGAGCCGUCUGAAGGACAUAUCCAGAGAAGUGGCCCAGAAGGCAGUGGAAGUCCGGGGGAUGCACCCCUCCAGGAGAGACCAGGACAAGAUGGAGAGGAGGAGACAGGAUGCCCACUACAGAGAUCCAAUCCCAGAGAGGUACUCACGCUCCACCUCCCCUCCGGAGAAUGGCUUCAAGCAGUACCUGGAUACGCACCUGUACGCCAGCCAGGGCAAAGGGCCCACCAAGACAGAGAGGACCCCCUACUUUGGCGGCAGGUCCUCCUCACACGAGGGGCCUUCUCGCUCCCACUCCAGGGUCCAUGUACAUCCAGCCCCUCCCAGCAGUAGGGGCUUCGGUGGCGGUCAUUACAGCCGGAGACUGGAGCAGCUCUCCAAUGGCUAUGACACAGACAGCAGCCGGGAGGGCAGCCGUAAUGACAACUCCAGCUCCAGCAGCAGCAGUAGUAGCAGCAGGCCCAGUCGGCCAUGGAAGCCCAUGCGUGAGGUGCUAAAUGUGGAUAGUGUGAUUAGUGGUAGUGGUGGUGGAGGGGGUCACGAGCACCGGCAGCACAGCCCCCACCGGAGACCUUCUAGCCAGGAGAGGACGUCACCCCCCAACGAAAAAGACAUGGACAGGGACUUCACAUGGGGUGGGCGUGAAGAGCACAAGCCCAAGAGCCUGAUGACCAUCUAUGAGGAUGAGCAGCGUCCUGAAACGGGCGGCAGCCGCAGUUCGGUGGAGUUGGAGGGAAAGGACAGGUCAAAGGGCACCACUGUGAUGGCGAACACACUAACGGUGCGCAGCGACAACUGGAGGAUCCAGCGGACAGAGUCAGGAUACGAGAGCAGCGACCGGCUUAGCAACGGCUCGGCCAACCUGGACUCACCCGUGGUGGAGAACUUUAUGUCCAAAGAGCUGAGGCCCAUACCUGAGGUUCACCUGACAAGGGACCCUUUCUCUCACCGGAGAGGAGACGACUCCAAGGCCCACAUCUUGCACUCCUCCUUCUCCUAUGGUGAACACCCAACAAAGUCUCCGGACCUGCAAGAUACACAUCUCCUCAAAUUGAGUCCAAGAUUACAAAGAAGACGAGCCUUCCGAUAUACGCCUGGAAUUCUGGAGAGGAGGGACGGUAUGGAUGACGAGCAGGAGGAUAAUGUCGAUGGCAGCCCCAGCCUGGUCAGCCCCUUUCCCCCAUACCUGGCCAAGACCAGCUCAGAGUGGAACAGCUCCGACAACCUCGCCGGGCCCUUCUCCGAACAGGAAGAGACCAGGCCACUGGUCCCCAGAGAACCCUCCCCCCAACUCCAUUACCAAAACCUAGCCCCGCCUCUCCCCCCAAAGACUUACGCCCACCGAUCGACAGACCAGUCGGGUUUCCGCUCUUACCAGCUCCAAGAGCCCUCCCGGACGAGCCCCCGGAACGAGAGCAAAAAUGGUCCGAUCCUGUCCCUCUCCCACACCACCCUCCACAGGUGGAUCAAGACGCCCUCUGAGCACAAGCUCUCGUCUGAUGCAAGCUCCAAGUCAGGCUCGUCGGACCAGGACCGGAACGAUCUGUCGGCCAGUGAGAGUGGAGAGGAGAGGUUUCCCAGCCCAAGGCCAGGAGAUGACAUAGAUGGCCUAGACUCCCCGAUCACACGGGGGAUGGUUCUCCCCAUGGUCCUCCCCACCACAUACUUCUCCGUGGACAACUGUAUGACGGACACAUACCGGGCCAAGUACCACCAGAGGUCCACCUUAUACAGGGACACUAAAGAUGGGGAACAACACGCGGUGUCUGGUGAGAGCGACCUGGGAGAUGGGUGGCUCCCCAUCCCUGAGGCCCACCCUGCAGAGCUCCCCAAGAACCGGCCUGAAUCAGGUUACUCCACCAGUAAACAUACUGCAAAAUGGAAUCCUGUAACACCCAAAGGACUUGAUGAACAUGGGUUUCUAUGAUAGAGACUCCUGUUGAAGGGCCUGGUACGAAAGCCACAGUUAAAACAAUCAUCUCCUCCUACAAGUUUUGAAACCUUCUUAUGGUGAUGCUUAUUUGUACAGAUCUCAUAUCAGAAGUCCAACAUGAAUCUGGAACGCCAAAGAGAUUGGUAACUCCCAAAGGCAGUAACAACUAGUCUGAAGAGUACUUUUCAGUUCAGCAGUAGUCACAGGAGUCUUGCGCCACCCCGCAGAACAGUCUUUCUGCAGAACAAUCUUAGUACCAUUGUGAUUGUGGCCACUAGAUGGCAACAGCAGUAAUUGUGGAUUUGCACAGUAGAAAGCCUCAAAAACUACCGAAAAAGGAUCUAAACCUGGGAUGGAUAUUGGUCUACGCAGGGACCUCCUCGAACUUACUUCCAAGGUCAUCCACUGAGUUGAAUCACAGAAUGUCUCCCACGAAGUCACUUUUUCCCCUUAAGAGAUUAUCAAAUAAAAUACCCGUAACAAUGACAAUAACCCAUCUCUAACCCAUUUACAAUUUACGCAGAUAAUUGAUGGAAUGCUUGUAUUUCUUUCUGGAAUUAUGCUAAUUUCAGCGUUAUACGGUUACUGUGCUACUUCUGCCUAUGUGACAAUGCAGGGUGAGGUAGAUAAGCUUUGAGCAGGUUUUUAGUUUUAGUCUUCAGUGUGGAUUCAUUCAUUCAUGGAAUAAGAUUUUUUUCAGUUUGUGGACACUAGGGCUGGCACAAUUACCGUUUAACUAUGUGACCAACGAUUAUGGAUUAAGACUGUCAUGAAAAUAAAAUAUCUGUCAUAACAGUAAAAAAUAUAUACAUUUGCAAACAGACUGAAGGCUGGGCAUUCGUGCAGUUGAGUCCCUUUCUGUGGUAAUAUGGACUCUUAACAACGUGAUGAAACUUGGUUGCUCCUUGCUGAAACAAGCAAGGUGGUGCCUAUGCACCAGAAUGAAUAGACCAGGCUUGGAACCUCUAAUCCUGGCAAUUUGACUGGUAAACUCAUGGGUAAACUCAAUGGCUGCCUGGUAUUGUGAUGCAAUAUUUUCAAUGGUUAUGUAGAUUGUUCAUUCAAAUGUGACUCAUGCAAUGAAAUGUAUUUUGUAAUGUGAGUUGAAUCAACAAAUCACAACACAUAUUGAUGGGUACUCUAGGUUGAAUAUAAUAUAUCUUUACUUCCUACUUUGCGCAAAGAUUGUGGAUGAAUGAAGAUCGUUCACUCGAGCCAUUUACCAUAGAUUUAUUUUUAUCAGUUCCUGUAUACUUAAGGGGGUGGCUCUCCCAUAGACACCAAUGCAAUAGCAUCUGGGUCUGGUCUACUUAAUUCAUUGACUUCCAUUUAAAACAAAACAUGUGAAAGUGGGAUUUCUCACUUCACCUUCCUUCUCUGCUGUGUACACUCGCCUCCAGUCCACCCAUUAUGCGAUAAUUGACUAGAAUGGAGACACCUGUUCUAUGCAUUAUAUGUAUAUGGCAGCACAUGCAGUCAGGAGCGGAGAAAAUGUGCAUCUAAAAAAUGAUUAUUUUUGCUGUUCUAAUGUUAUUACAGAGACUGCGGUUAUUUGGCUGGCCAAUUGCCGUCAUCGUAAAUUCCAUGAUCGUCACAGCCCUAGUGUACACUCACCCAUUGUUUUUGUAAGAGCCAGUUGGGGAAGACGAGAAGCCCUAAGGAUUCCUAAAGAUUUAUAAAAUGAUUUAUUAUUUUGCAUUUUAAAAAUGAUUAUAUUUCUAUCAUUUAAAUGAUAUUCUGAUUUCAUCUCUUCAGUUUGUGUUGGAAAGGGAACGUUUAACAAUGAAGAGAAAAAAAUACUAAAUGUGGAUUUUUUUUGCUAGCUAAGCCAGCCAUGGUUAGGCCCUCAGAAACUAGACAUCUGCCAUUCAACAGUGACAGGGAAGACAACUAAUCAUAUUUUGACUGGGUAGGACCGUUUUUACAGUAUUGUUUUAAACUUCCGCUUUUUCAAAGGCCUAGACACUUCACUCCUGAUAGUAUGAGCAGUAGCCUAGUUCUCCCACGGUCUAGCUAGCUUUUGUUGCGGUGUGCAGCGGCUGCAGCCACAACUGUUAACGAGGAGGAUGUUUUUUCUAUUUUUUUUAACAUCACCCUUCAAUAUGAACUUUUUAAGAAGAUGUUAAGUUUCACAUUUUCAUAGUUUGGUGAGUGUCACUGUUUUUGCAGCACGCGUGUUGUUAGAUAUCACUUUGAAAAUAUGCCUGUGAAACAUUGUUGCAUUUAAACUUUAGAUCACUGGUUACUUUGUGUGCUUAACGUGAUAAAAUGUUUGCAAUAGGAAGUAAUAGUUGUACAUUUAAUGGUUGUGUUUUUGGUUAUGAUUGGGGGCUCCUGACACCUUUUGAUGUGUCACUUAUCGCUAGGCUAUUGCUGAUAGUGAUGGUGUUAGGCUGCCACAGAUUGUUUAAACUGUUGUUGUUGGUCGCAUUAUUCCGUGAUGGCGUGACAGCCUGAUGCGUGGCUCCGGUCUGUUUGAUUAAUUAAUGAUGUCAUCAAAAAACAUUGCUACUCUUGCAUUAGAGUUAGUGUAAAUGUUACCUUUUUUGGGGGGGAGAUGUUUUAACCCCAAUAAAGUCCAAUAGUCAUGGUUCGUAGGAGCACUACUUUAAAAUGGAUCCCAAGGGUCCCCUUAUGUGGCCACCGAGGUGUUGGGUGAAUCUGUUCUAGUCAGAGGUUGAAUGCGAGUUUAGUGAUUGUUAGGAGAGCAACGUCUCAAUUCAUUGGCACUGGCACAGUAUGUUAUCUGCCUUUCAACUGUGUAUUCACUAGGAAGCAAAUUGCCGAAGUGGGGAGGAACUAACCAGACUUGUCCAAUAAGAAUCGCAAAUUUUCAUAAACAUUCGCUGCUGUGUUUUAUACGUUUUUCUAUUCCUAGUUCGGAUCGCAAUCACUCCUUUCUAGAUAUAAGCUUAUUUGUCUGCUCUUUUUAAUGUUGCUCCUGUCCAUACUGGGUAGUAUGUUAAAGGUAUGUUAGGUCAAACCAUGCUUCUAUAUAUUUGUCUUCUACUCCUGCGUCAAAUACAUGUGUCAAAUACUUUAGGUGUGUUUCAUUUAGUUUUCCCCAUACAAUUGAACCAAUAGCAUUUGUUCCAAAAGUCCAAACUCCAAGCUAAAUCAAGCCCACCUCAAACUGGUAAGUAUUUGACAUAUGAAUUUGACCGAGGUCUGUUGGUUUAUCUAAUCUUAAGCCGAAACCUCAAGGAUGGAUUGAGUAAUGGAUUUUAAGAGUGUCUUAAUGAGGUAGAAAGGCCUGCUUUUCCACAGGUAUUGUGCUUGACCCCCAGAGAUGAUCACAUUGGCUAGUGAUGCUGUAAAAAGUUAUAUUUAUGAUUAUUUCUGUUGUCAUAUGUUUUAUAUAUUGCUCGGCAGACUUCACUGCACAGUGCCUUUUCUAUUUUUCUAUGUCGAGAAGAGUUGAAAUAGGAGCCAUUAUUUGUACAAAACUGCUUUUAUAACAUUUGAUUUAAUUUUUGAUUAAAAAUUGUUUAAUAAACCAUUUUAUUUAACCAUA